UUACAAGGAUUACCUCUUACAAAAAGAUAACAAAGAAACACGGCUGACUAGACAAACGUUUGGACGUGGAAACACCAUUAAUAACAAACACUUACAGGACAUAUUCGUUGGAAAACACAAGUUUUAAUGGAAAACUAAUUAAUUGAAAUGUGUUCUCGGAAAAGCGUCUUUUAUUUUUGGAAAGGAUGGACGCGGUGUUAUUCAAUUUCGUUGUUAUUAGGAGGAUUGAAAUGGAAAUAAUGGCCAUUACUUUGGCGAAUAAAUAGAAGAUUUACAUUGUUAGAGGAGAAUUUCAUGAAUAUGGACAAGUGCAAUAAUUCAUUGUAAAGUCAGCUCUGGUUAUGAAUGAUAAAUCUAAAAUUCUGAGUUUCAUGAGCCCUUUCGCUGUCUUCCGAAUUAAAUAGCAAUAUAUUAGUUAGAUCUUAUGAGGGUUUUAUCAUUGUGCCAACAGUUUAAUGUUCCAUACGUGUUCGAAAGUUUGCACUUUCUCUGGUCGUUAAAUAGCUAUUUUUAUUGCAUUAAAACUGUUAGUUUAGUGACGCUGGUUGGUAUCUGUACAUUGAGUAUUUAUCGCUAGGAUUUGAUUUUUACACGUGUUUUAAAUGUGUAAAAUUGCUAAGCUACCUACAUCCCUACUUCAUUAUUGUGAAAACUAACUUAUUAUAGAAAGGCUGUUUUUGUUGAGGUAGGUAAGAGCAUAGUGGCGUGUGGAGUUCAAAUAACCGGAAAUAGCUAAAACUAAUCCGAGCAAUAAACCCCUUGGGUAGAACUAGUGGUGGUCGAAUUGCGUAACAUGUCCGGGUUUUGUUAGCAUUCUAACGAUCAUUUCGGGUUAAGGUCGCCGUAAAAAGUUACAUAUUAUUCCCAAAUCCGUAUGGUGAAAUUAAGCUAUUAGCUAAGACUUGUGUGACACGCCAUAAAGCCAUCAGAGGAGUUGGCAGCGCGCCACAGCCAAAUAGUGACAGAAACGAAGCCCGUGAGUCAGCGGUACGACGCGGAACCUGUGUGCGGCGGCGCGAUCGAUAGACACUGCACCCCCCUCGCGCCGCGCGCCUGCACCUGCCGGCAGAACCCACGGCCCCAGCGAGCCGUCCGCCACACGACAAAAACACGCGUAAAAUCCUCCAAAAAUCGACAGAAACACCAAAAAACAGUGCUUUCCUCCAAGUCAAUUUCACCAUUAGUAACCAGUUCAGUGGUUCAAGGUCGCCACGGUCGACGACCCCGGUUAACUUUAGGAGAAACGUCUACCUCAUAAAGUAUUAGUCGAAUACGCCGCUGUUUAUUAUUUGUGUUGAUUUGUGAAAUUUUAUUUUUAAUUAUUACGUGUAGUGGGCAAGGUCGUGGUGCGUUUGCUGUGCACAAAUGUUGAAUCUUUAUCAUUGGAAACACGCGCGUGCUCCGCGGCGGUACACAACAAAGGAGGUUGCGCUAAUCGCCUUUUCCUGACUUCUUAUUGCUUUGCUUUGUGGAUGUGAAUAAAUCUGGUCUGCAGCGAUGGCGUCUAAAGUCCUGGUGCCAGCUGCUCCGUUCACGAAGCUCCAAACCCAUCAUCUGCAGGUGAGCAAGUCACCGCCGGAGCCGUCUAGCGGAGGCUUCAUCAUCGGCGGGGAUCCUGUCGCCAGGGUCGCGCACCUGGAGCACAGCGUCAGGUUCCUGCAGGAGCAGCACCGGCUCAUGCUGAAUGGGCUACACAGCGAGAUUGAAGCGCUGAGGGAGAGGAAUAGAGAUUUGCAGUUCCAACUCAUAUUCAAUAAAGAAUCGUCUCCCAAAACCAGUUCGCCUGCAGCCGAGGAAAAUACCGAAAACAAUGAGACGAAGCUGAAACGCGAGGUGACCCGCUUGGAGCAGGAGGCGACUGCCGCCCGCGCCGAGGCGAAGGCCGCGGAGGCACGCGCCUGCCAGCUGCAGCUUUUAGUUGAUGCACAGACUGAGAAGCUGCGCGCGCUGGAGGUGUCGCAGUGCGCGUCGUGCGGCUCGGAGGGGGGCGCGGCGCAGGAGUCGCGCGCCGAGCUGCGCGCGCGGCUGGGCGAGGCGGAGCGCCUGGUGCGGCGCCUGCGCGCCGACGCCGAGCGCCAGCGCAGAGAGGUACCGCCGGGCGGCGCCGUCACUAACCUCUUGUUCGACGGCCACGCUCACUUACAGUGUAUGAAGAAUUCUUUGCACGCGAGUCUGCGAGCCAGCGGGCUGGACGCGUACGGCUACCAGAACAAUUACCACUUCCCGCCUGUCCACACUCCUGACUUUUGGCGAGAACCGCUCAGAGAGGAAUUCAACAUGGUGGGUUCCCGAGGGCGGAGCACGCGGCGACCGCUUACACUGCCAGAACUCUCCGGACAACAAAUGCACCGCUCUACCGUAUAUGCUAAUAAUCAUACACGUCCCAGAGCCAAUGGUUACGACAAGAACAAAAAGGUCCAGUCAGUGAACGGCGAAGCUGCCACUACCUCUCCUAAGACUCCGGACGAACCUUCAGCGAGCGGCCCGCGAGCCCGCGCGCGCCGCCAGCCGCGCCGCCACGCCGACCACACGUAGUGAUCACCAGUCGCUCACUCAGGACCGCCCGAACCUCGAUGUCAAACACUACACUACGCUCUUGUCCACUGGCUUUGCUUAUCUGAAGGUUGUAGCGACUACACUAUAGGUACCUACACUCAACUUUUAUUGGAAUGUUGAGUCGAACGAUAUUUUGCCUAGUCUAUCCUAUUCACUCAAUUCCUUAAAUGAUCCAAUACUUUAAAAUACUGUCAAAUUUAAUGAAAAACUCGUAUAUACCAAUGCGCAUGCGCAAGGCAACGCUAACUUCGGAAAAGUAAAGUUACUUGACGAGAACUAUAUCAACCUACUUCACUGAAGACCAUUCUACUAUUUACAUGUUAAUGUCAACAUAAAGGUCAUGUCCAGUGUUAUAUUUGAACAACCACUAAACAUGUAUAAAGUUUUAUCCAUACUACAUACACUAUCCAUAAUACGUAAUGAGUUUAAUAACUCUAUAUUUUUAAUGGGGAACGCACAUUUAACAAAGAAAAUACAAGAGAGUACAAAGGAUAUAGAAAAAAUGCUUGGAGGCUCAGACAAAAAUGUGAAGCUAUCUUUACCCCAAUAGAUGUGCGCUCACCAUGAAAGUUAUCUUAUAUUUGGUAUAUCUCCAUUAAAUCAACAAGCUACUUAAGUACCUACAUAUGUACUUGUCAAAUCUUCAAAACUUACUGAAAGCAUAUUCCGCGCACGUAAAAUGCUGGAACAACGAACAUGUUUUGGAAUAUCAUAAUUUGCAUGAAAAUUAUGUUCGUAUGAAUCUAUAAAAUAUCAAUAUAGAAAGACUGAAAGACCAAAGUAACGUCAUAUUUUUAGGCACCAGUCUAACAAAAAAAAAAACAAAAGUUGGUGUCUAAAAAAUCCAAAGCUGAAAUUCGACACCUAAAAUAUAUUGGCUAGUCAAUUUAACAAAUUUUAAAAAUUAAAAUACAAUUCUCUCCAUGAACUAAUUGACCAACAAAUUACAAUCGUAAAAUUGAGGACCUAUGUAAUAAUUAUUGUAUGUACCAAUGUAAGCGUCUCACACACUUUAGACAAAUUCAAUGUAGAAUACAGUUUAAAAAAGCAUUCAACUAUUUACUACUGAAACGUAGCAAUUUGAUGUUAUGCUAUAUCUCCCAUUAUUUAUAAUUCAGCCACAUAAUGAAACCUAUUUUAGCUACCAACUGUCUCUUUCUAUCAAGGAAAUAAGACGUAUGACGGAAAGAGACAACAGCUUAAAUGGCGGAUGGCUGGAUUAUGAAUAAGGUGAUCAAUAUUUAUCGUGUUUGAGGCGCUUAACUUAAAAAAAAACCUCACUGUGGGCUGAAAAAUGUCUCCAUGAAAUUGAUAAUGUAGUUUCAAUAACAGCCACCUAGUUAGACUGAAUAUGAAAACUGUACCACUUAUGCACAAGUUCACUGACAUAAAUGUUCGAUUUUCUUAAAACAACUCGUUACUUUAAAACUUAAAGGUGAAAAUUCAUAGUUAGCAGGUGUUUUAAGAAAACUGUCGUUAUGUUGUCGGUAAACUUGAGCUUUUAGACAAAUAGCGUAACAAAUAAUCGACGGUUGGGCAGCACUAAAGGAUUCAAUUACUAUGGUAUAAUCGUAAUCGCCUUCUGUAACGGUAAUAUAUUACUAACUCGUAGUUAUCGUAUAGCCUCAGACGACCGUGUUGAACUGGAGCCGUUACUUAAUGCUGCACGGAACACUCACUGUCUGAAAAUAUGUAACUGUCAAACGUAUCCAAGAUGGCGCUGACAUUCAUGGCGGCCAUCUUGAAUCUUUGACUUAAAAUUACCUAAAACCCUGAUAAGUACCGAAAACGUGGAUUUCGUGAACUGUAAUUACCACCUACAGUUCGCAAAAUCAUUCAUCAACAAAGCUCUGUUUUACUUCUCUCAAUGAGAAGUGUUAUUUAUUAUAGAGAACACCAAUUUCCAAUUCAUGAGUAUUUAGAGAUGUCAUUUUAUACCUAAGUAUGCUUGUGAAAACGCAUGAACUUUUAAUUUUCCGUUCACAAUAAACUUGUCUUUGUCAAUUACUAUUAUAUUGUGGCGUUAGAAAAUUAAAAAGGUAUGCGCACAUGCAAUAUGUGAAAAAUAUGUUCCCGUGCAGCAUUAUGGACGAGCCCUUAGAUUUUGCUCAUUUGUGAUGUAAAGUGCAAUUUUGUACAUACAUGUAACAGUAAAUUUAGAAAAACUUAGUACUUAUGAGCAAUAAUGCUACGUAAUAGUUGCUUAGUGUUAUGUCUCUUUCUUUUAUUAUAACGAAUAAAAAGGACGCAAGACGAACAUUGGCGAGUAGGUUUUUCUUUAUUAGAAUGUACAAUAUUUUGGUUGCCUUCGGAAUCCAGUGAGAUAUCCCAGUAAUAAUACUGCCAUUAGCAUUUAUUUUCCACAGGACACGGAAUGCGAACUACGGCAUAACGGUAUGAUUAUGUACUAAAAUAUAAAGACUAAAAUAUUUUUAGCUGAAUUUAGAGUUAUUAUUAAAUAUAGUUAAAAAUGAUCUGCGAUUUUAAUCAUGUUUAAAGUUUAGAUAAACAACGUUUUUUAUAUAGUUACGCAGUUGUCCGCCCGAUUGCCGUGUAAGUGUGAACGGUCCUCAACGCUACAUUUGUGAGAGUGAUGUAGACCUACUAAAUGCUAUAUUUGUAGCCUUAUCCAUAUUAAUCUAAUUUAUUAAAUAAUACUAUUAAUUAUUAUAUUUGAAUAUUAUAAUUAUUGAUAUGAUAAUAUAUUUAUUGCAAAUG